CGACAUUGUACCUUUUUUUUUUUUUUUGUUACCAGAUAAAACAAAAGGCAAAAGACCAAAACAGAAACUAGAACAUAGCAGCUGAAACCCACGGGAAACAAACCCAUUCAUAAAUGAUAGACAAAUGAGUUGUUUGAGAAAUUGAGUGUGAGAAGAGGAAUAAGAAUAGAUAUUGCAAUUUGGAAGGGAUGAAUCUAAGGCCAUUGGGGCCAUUGGUUAGGAUGGCUGUAGUUAUAUUUGGUGGAGUGGCCACUUUGAACUUGGCUUCUGCUGCUACCAUCAAAGUGCUUCGGUUUGCGUCUGAGAAGAAACGGGAAAAAGUUGCGUUGCCGUGUAGGGUUUGUAGAGGGAAGGGGUUUUAUAUAUGCAAACUGUGCAAUGGGAACUCCACCAUAUCUUGGUCACCAAUGUUCGACCCUAUUGCAAUUAACCCCUGCGUUUGUCCAACUUGCGAAGGAAACAGAGUUCAACGCUGUUUGAACUGUCUUGGAAAAGGCUAUGAUUGACCUAUUAUGACUGAGAUAUUGAGAUGGAUACUGUUGCAUUUCGUUUGUUCAUUUAAGAUGUAUGAUUAUGCAAGUGACUUGUUGAAGUGUAUUUUGCUGCAUCUGAGAGCUUGCACAUCUUUGUCAUUUUUUUUUUCAGAUUCAGUUGCCUUCCCAGUAAUAGAAUGAGAGCUAAGCAAUAGUUCUGUAAUAAAUCUUGGUUUGCCAAAUCAAUGGAGCCAAUGCAGUAAUGUCGAAUCACCUAUAGGGAAUGAAUUAGACGGUGCUCCAUUUGGAUAUGCAGAUGGACUUUUAAACUUUCUUUGCUUAUUAAAGUGGCGAAGUUUCAUCGUUAGCUUAAAAUUAUAACUUUUAGUAAAUAUCAUCAUUUCGUGUUUUGUA